AUGAAGUCAACAUCUGCGGAAUAUUAUACUCCCCAACCCGGCUCCAGACUUCACUAUGAGCUCGAAUAUGAAAUGGCACGGCUAUCCCAGACCGUCGACCCGACCACCGUUCACAAGGCCACUUUCCUUUCCAGCUACUCCGCCCGGAGGGACUACCUCGAGCGUGUAUUCUCGGAGAACCUGAAGAGCAGGACUCAAGACGUUAUGGCAAUCGUCAACUUUCCAAGGGGCGGCAAGUUCGUUUAUAUGCCUAACGCCAUCAACAUACAUCUCGAGGAAUGGCUCGCCCUUGAACUGUCGGACCCCCUGGAGGAGUAUCUCCCAAAAGAGCUCGACAAGAUGUACCAGUUUGUGCGCUUGACGGAGCAGUACAUGGAAGAUUAUCUUUCCAAGGCCUUGAGCCCAGACCGCAUCCACGCUUACCUGAAGCUACCUCACUGGUGCCAUCUCUCCUACGACGAGCACCGAACCGCCGAGGUCAAGUCCCAAUAUCGGGUCCACCUCAAUUCUCUCUCGAGUAUAGAACGCGACCGGUUAUUCCAGGCUUUUUUCCACUAUCAACUCAACUGCCUGGCGAAGCCGGUAAGACCUAGGCACUGGUCCCAGACUCGUUUUCCUGAGGAACAGAGCUGGUGGUUGAUGCCUCAGUGGGGGACGAGCUAUAGCCCUACUAUCCGGGACAUUGACGCCACCCAAUGCGUCCACGAGUACUUUCGUACUUUGGUUGGGGCUCUCGCCGCUAGGUUCGCGGACGACGGCUUCAAGACGCUGGCCUCUCUAUUCGAUGGGCGUCGUGAAGCUUGGUCGACGCUCGAGGGCCUGGUAUUUCCCAACAAUGUCCAGUUCAACCCGGAGUUACAUAUGACCAGUCCAGACUCGAGCGCCAUCUGCACCCUCAUCAAUUGUCUUGCCGCCUCUGGAGUAAACUUGAUCGACGAGCUACUUAGGCUGGACAUAAAAGAGUGCAAAGCCUUUUUCGACCAUCUCUACGACGAGAUGACGAUACAAACUCCCGUGAUGGCUCCGAGAAGUAGUUCGCACCCGACCAUCGACAGAUAUUAUAACCCAGUCAUUCCAAAUGAUGGUUUAUGGGCCGAGCUCAGAUUCCGUUUUCACUUUGCUCAAGGACCCGAAGCCCUUGUACAGGCGUACAUCCGGAUGUAUCGCCAACGAGCAUGGGCCUUCUUCGACGACGAGAGGUUGUUCGAGGAUGGUGUCAAUUUUUGCGAUUUCCCAGCCUUCCAGGCACGCGCACAAAACAUGGGCGCCAAAGAUUACAAUGCUCGCCGCUCAAGGCGGCAGCGUCUCUCUGCCAUGAAGAUGGGUCAAUCACCCAGUCCUCACCGCGGGGAGCUCAAACGUGGCGUCGAGUACUACCCGACACUCGAAAGGGUGCUAUUCUGGAACGAGGCCGACAACGUCCAAUAUGGCCCUAUACAAGUGGUCAAGGAUGAGCUCUUUCAAGUGAAGAAAGACGAGAUCAUCUCGGAGUCUGAUGAUGGCGAAAUCGAGCAAGAGGCCGACGGAGGACACCUUAAAGGAGAAUGUCCGGGCAACGUUUUUCUUGAUGAGGACUUGGAGGUGCAGACAGCUCGGCCAUGUUACAUUGUACAACUCGUAUGA